AUGUCCGCUGCGCAUGCGGGAGUCUUCGGCACGUGGCUCGCGCGUGGUCCCCACGUGUUCUUGAGAGGUCAGAGGGUUUCCGUCAAGGAGCGCGCCUUCAGCGGAUGGUCAGGGGAAGGUCAGCGGGGGGCGGCAACGCGCGCGGAAAGGGGAGGCGGAGUCAGCCAGCGGAGCGACAGAGGCGGCAAGCGCGGCAAGCCCAGGGAAAAUGCAUCCCGCGGCGGAGGCGGGGGCCGCCAAGAUGUGGCCGGCAGACGGGGAAGCUCGAGCAGCGAGAGGGCGGGGAAACGCGGCGGCAGGGGGGGAAUGGACAGUAGCGCGGGCACCUGGGGGGAAGUGGGGAGGCGGGAAGAGGGGGGGGAAGGAAAGGCGCAAGUGGGGGACAGGGAUGGGGAAGCUGUCGGUCGAGAAAGCGCGCGGGAUAAUCAUCCGCAGGGGGACGGCGGGCAUGCAAGGGGCCUAGAAGGCGGAGGAGAGGGGGAUGGGGAGAUGGGGGGAGACAAAGUGAGGGGAGAGGCGAGAGAGCAUGGGGAUGAGUGGCGGAGGGAGGGCGGGGAGGGGCGGAGCGGGAGGGGCAGCAGGGGCAACAUCAUUGACGAGGUUGCGGCAGCAAUGGAAAAACCCCCUGCGCGCGUGAUUCUGAAGCGCGGGCGCGCAGCCCUGUUCGCGUCCGCGAGCCCCGCCCCGCUGGUGUUCUCAGGCGCCGUGGACUGCGUGCUGGGGCGGCCCCCGCCCAAGGCAGGCGACCUCGUCGUGCUCGCCGCGCGCAGGGGGGAGCAGGCGCGCGCAGGGGCAAAGGGGGAGGGGGAUGUGGGCGGGGGAGGGGAAGCGGGGGAGGGAGGGGGGGGAGGGGCGUCAGGGGAGUGGUCGCGGGGAGUGGCAGUGGCGUGGGGGGUGUUCAACCCCACGUCCAUGUACCGCGUGCGCAUCAUGCAGACCCUCUCAGAUGCGCAAAGGUGA